AUGGCGGCCCAAGAUUCUUCCCUGACCAAUUGGCCUGCUGUGGCUCGCUAUGUUUCAACGCGCAAAGACACCUACCCAUUCAUCGAUCCCGCCCAAGCCGACCUGGCGGGCAAGUCGGUCCUGAUCACCGGCGCCUCCAAGGGCAUCGGCAAGGCGACGGCGAUCCGCUUUGCCAUGGCGGGCUGCUCGACGAUCCUGCUGCUCGCGCGGUCGGACCUGACCGACGUUGCGACCGCCGUGCACGACGCCGCCAGGCAGGCCAACCGGCCCCCGCCAUCCGUGCAUUCCCUGAAGGCAGACGUGACGUCGGAAGACUCCAUGCGCGCGGCCGCCGCAACCGCAGCCGACAUCCUCGGCGGCCGCCUCGAUGUGCUGAUCAACAACGCGGGCUACCUGGAGGCGUGGAGGCCCAUCGCCUCCUCCGAGCCGCGCGAGUGGUGGCGGACGUGGGAGGUCAACAUCAAAGGCACCUAUCUGGCGGCCCACUUCUUCGUGCCGCUGCUGCUCCGGUCGCCGACCAAGACGGUCGUCAACAUCAGCAGCGGGGGGGCGCAUGCCAUGUUCCCCGGCGCGUCGGCCUACCAGACCACCAAGUUCGCCCUCUGCCGUCUCACCGAGUUCAUGGACGCGGAAUACGCCCAGCAGGGGGUGAUCGCCAUCGCGCUGCAUCCGGGCGCCGUCCGGACCGAGCUGGCCAUGAACAUGCCCCCGGAGAGGCAGUCCGUCCUGACCGAUUCCCCGGCACUGGCCGCGGACACGCUGGUCUGGCUCGCCCGCGACCGGCGCGACUGGCUUGCCGGCCGGUUCGUCUCGGUGAGCUGGGACAUGGAGGAGCUGGAGCAGAAGAAGCAGGACGUGCUCCAAAGAGACUUGUUCAAGUUUCGCGUGAUGGUUUGA